UGCCGGGGAGACCCAUUAACCCCCCGGGCCCGGCCCGCGCCCUGCUCCCGCUGGGACCGCCCCGGGCUCUGCCCGCCCCGCUGCGGCGCUGCAGCCUCCAGAAAAUACAUUCUGCCUGAGAAGUACUGCAUUUACACCUUUCACCCACCAGAGGACACUGUGGAGCCAGACCAGCCAGCAGUAAGCUGGGCUCAUCACAGCACUCUGCCUGCAGAGCCAGGCUACAGAAUAACAUCCACAUUUCACUCCAGAUCAUCCCCUACUCCCAGGGGGAAGGAAAUGGCUGCAAUGGAGCUGGCUCAGGGGCCGGUGACUUUUGAGGAGGUGGCUGUGUAUUUCACCAGGGAGGAGGGGGCUCUGCUGGACCCUGCUCAGAGAGCCCUCUACAGGGACGUCAUGCAGGAGAACUAUGAGACGGUGGUCUUGUUGGGGUUUCCAGUUUCCAAACCUGAUAUGAUAUUCCAGAUGGAACGAGGGGAAGAGCCGUGGGUCCCAGACAUCCAGCGCUCUGAAAAAGAAGUGCUCCCGAGAGCUACCUUCACAGGGAGUGACCUAUGUCUGGAUUCUCCCUGUCUCCCAUCAGGUGAGAAUGAGGAGGAGAAACCCCAGCAGGAAGAUGCUGAGCAAGUAGAACAACAUGGAACGUUAUCAGGAAGAUCCAAAGGGAAUGUUUCCGGGAGUUGUGAAUUCCCAGAAAAAGCAAAAACCUGGGAGAGUCAGCACAGGCCAGAGGAAAAUUUCAGUAGCCACUCAGACCUUACUGGAAAUGAGAGAAUCAACUUGGAAGAGACAUGCUACACAUGCCAUGAGUGUGGGAAAAGCUUCAAACACCGCUCUGCCUUUAUAACACACUAUAGAAUCCACUCUGGAGAAAGACCCUACACAUGCUCUGAGUGUGCCAAAAGCUUCAGUCAUAGCUCAACCCUUAUUAGACAUCAGAGAAUUCACACUGGAGAGACACCUUACACAUGCUCUGAGUGUGGGAAAAGCUUCAAUCACAGAUCAGCCCUUAUGACACACCAGAGAAUUCACACAGGAGAGAAACCCUACACAUGCCCUGGGUGUGAGAAAAGCUUCAGGCAUAGUUCAGCCCUCAUCACACAUCAGAGAAUCCACACUGGAGAGAGACCCUACACAUGCCUUGAGUGUGGCAAAAGCUUCAGUGAUAGCUCAGGCCUUAUCACACAUCAGAGAAUCCACACUGGUGUGACACCCUACACAUGCCCUGAGUGUGGGAAAAGCUUCAGUCGGAGCUCAGCCGUUAUCACGCAUCAGAGAAUCCACACUGGCGAGACACCUUACACAUGCACAGAGUGUGGGAAAAGCUUCAGUCAGAACUCAACCCUUCUUAGACAUCAGAAAAUCCACACUGGAGAGACACCCUACACGUGCCCUGAAUGUGGGAAAAGAUUCAGUCGGAGCUCAUACCUUAUCACACAUCAGAGAAUUCACACUGGAGAGACGCCCUACACAUGCUCUGAGUGUGAGAAAAGCUUCAGUCAGAGGUCAAACCUUAUUAGACAUCAAAAAAUCCACAUGGGAGAGACACCCUACGCAUGCCCUGAGUGUGGGAAAAGCUUCAAUCAGAGGUCAAACCUUAUUAGACAUCAGAGAAUUCACAUGGGAGAGAACUGUAACAAAUGUCUUGAUUAGGGCUGUGCAAAGAUUUAAAAAAAAUAAUCACAUUUGCUAAUUCUCACAUAGUUAUCUGUGCACCAUCUUCACUGUAGUCUCUCAGGUCCACCAGAUGAGUUGCCUGCUUCUGCCUUUGCAUCUCACCUUCUUUGGGGUCACUCCUCUGAUCUUUUCUAUCAACUGCUUUCCUUUUGAGUCAUAGGAGUGUGUGUCCCUCAGCCAGAAAUGUUCAUCGGCUCCAGGUGGGAGAGAGAAGUUAGAUCCCAACAAGCUACACUGAGGCAAAAACUACCUGUGCCUUACAUCUACUAGGACUGUACAUGGCGUUGGCUGCUCAAGUUAGUGAUCUUGGUGUAAAAAGACAAUUAUAUUUGUAGAGCAGAUGCAGUGGUUGGCAUUAGCUCUCCCCUUGA